UGGGUGGCCGGGCGAGUUUCGCGGAUCGUCUCGCUGCCUCGAUCCGCUCCGUGGCUUUUGCUUCUGCUGCUGCUGGUUCUCUCGCCGCGUCGGCAUGGACCCGCCUCGGUUUCGCUUCCGACCGCCGUUCUUCUACGGCUGUCUUCUCCUCCUGCCCCUGCUGCUCGACAGCCUGGUUGUUUUCCAGACCUAUGCGGUAGAUUUGGAGGUGAAAGAUGACUUGAACGUGUCUUGUCUCUUUGCAAAAUGGAUGGUGAAAUUCUCUCUAGACUACGAAGGAACCGAUGAAACUAAAACGUCUACGUUUAUGCUCCCGGAAGACCUGAGCUACAUGGGGACCUCCUGCGGGAAUGACACCUCGGACCCCGUCCUUUCCAUCGAGUUUGGGGACGGGAAUUCUUGGACCAUCCGUUUUACGAAGACCAAAGACACUUAUCAAGGAGUCAUCACUUUUGUCUAUAACACCGGAGACUCGAAGUUCUUUCCGGAUGCUAAACGGAAAGAACGAAUAACCGUUGUGGCCAAUUUUCCUGCCAACCCAGUUCCGCUAAAUACGGUGUUUACUUGUGACACUGAGGACAUAGUGAAAAGUGGCGAUGUCACCCAGACGUUCCAAAGUGUAACUCUGCAAACUUUCCUUCAAGAUGGACACUUGAGUAGCCAGAAGACUCUGUGUGAUAACGACAUGAUAGCGUCCACUGUCCCUGCAGUCAGCCGAUCCAUCCUCUUGGCCGCUGGCAGUCCAGAGUCAAAUGCCACAGAAGCGCCAUCUCCUACCGUCCAGCCAGAGGAGAAACCUGCUUUAGGAAGCUACACCGUCAAAUCUGGCCCGGUUACUUGCAUUUUGGCAAACAUGGGUUUGCAACUGAACAUCACCCAGCAGGCUCCCACAAUUAUCAACUUCAAUCCAAACAGCACAGUGGCCUCUGGUAAUUGUGGCAAGACAACCGCUGUGCUUCGGUUGAGUGACGGAAACAAUAAGGUUGAUUUUCUCUUUGCUGUGAAAAAUUCUACCUCGUCGGAAAAAUUCUAUCUGAAAGGAGUGGAUAUCACUCUGACGGACUCGCCAAAUGCUAACACUUCGGCCUCAAAUCACACCCUCAACAACUGGGAAACAACCAUGGGGAACUCCUACCUUUGCCGGAAAGAAGAAUCGAUCUUUGUGAGCCCUGGCUAUAAAAUAAACAUCUUUGAUUUAAAGAUCCAGCCAUUUGGAGUGGAAGAAGGGCAAUUCUCAGCAGCGGGAGAAUGUUUGCUGGAUGAUGACACUGUUCUAAUCCCAAUUGUAGUUGGAGCCGCCCUGGCGGGUUUGGUUGUGAUCAUAGUGACCACUUAUUUAAUUGGCCGAAGGAAAACAUACGUGGGCUACCAAACUCUGUAGAGUCUGGUAUGACUGUUCUUCAGUGCUGGUGGGGAUUAACCUAGAAGCCAACUGUAAAAUUUGUGACUCUGUUUAGAAACGGGGGGAGCUCCUUCUUCCCUGAAACACAGCCAACAAUUGAUCGCAUCUAAUUGUAAGAAGGACUUUGCAAACUUGCGGCGGAGAGCUUAAGGAAUGGCCAAACUCGGCUCAAUUAACCAGGCUCAAUUUUAGGGUUUUAAAGAAAUAUAGGGGUGCAAAUCAAAGCAUUUGCUAAUUCUGUGUACAAACUGAUGGUUAACCUGCGUGCCGUAACAACUGUAACUUGGGAUUCUAGGCCUAUCUGCAAAGUUGUUUUCUUUCAGCGUGUGACACGGAACAAAGUAGUGGGUUAACUACUUCAGCCUGAGUAAGCUUAGUUAAUGCAUUCUCUCUCCCUCUCUCUCUCCCUCUCUCCUCUUUUUAAACAACAACAAAUAAUAGAAUGAGAACAUUGUCAUUUUCAUUAUCUUUAGUUUGGACACAAUCCAAAAGUAGAUGUCCAAGGAUUUAAAUUCCUCUCUAGCUGAAGGUUUUACUUACCAGCUGGGUGCAAAUAGAAGACAGGUGUUCAAAAAUCCAGAAUUUGCACUUUUUGUAUUUGCAGCCAUGUGUAAAUGGAACUGAGGAUCUUAGUCUCUGAAAGUUGCUCCUUCAAGUGCCUGUAACAUUUUAGUACAUACAUCCCCAUUGUAAGCCGCCUUAACAAAAUCAGCGUGCAAAGGGCUACUUUUUAAGGUCUUAUUUGUUUUAAUCAUCAUACAAAGACCAUUAAUGAUUGUAAGCGAACAUCAUAGCAGUGGGCUUCUCUGCCACUUCAGUCACUUUCAGAACUGGAUCUUAAGGUACUUUUAGUGCACUAGAACUCACUAGUUUACAAACAAUUUGUCAGCAUUCCAAAUAUCAUCCAGAAUUAAAUCAGAGUCCAAGGCAGAGUUCCAAUUUAA